GACAUUUUAGUCAUUAGACAUUUUAGUCUUGCAUUCAAAAUGGCCCUUGGGAAACACCCCUGAUUGCUCACUAAAAUUAGUUUUGAGAAAGUCCCUUUAAUCUUACCGAAAGUGAAAGGAGCACUUGGGGUGUUGGCUGACAGAAAAGGAAGUGGUAAAUGUUUUUGCAAAGGAUUCUCUGGUAAUUUAGUAACCGUGAAACAGGAAUUCAUGAUAAAUGUUAGAAGUGUUAUGUAUAAAAUGAUAGCUUUUGUGUUUGUGGAAGCAAAAUUUCUUUUUUUUAAUAGAGGGUUGGAAAGAAUUAAGUUUAUUGGAGACUCCAGUGGUGUUUUCUGUUUUAAUAGCUUAGUAAGAAAUCACAAACUUAUAAAACUGUAAAAUAGUAUUGAUAAAAAGAUGAGUGACAAGUUUAUAAAGGCCACUCAUAUUUACAAUUCAUAUCCUAAAGCAUAAGUUUCAAUUUUAAAUUUUAUCUGGGUGCCCCAAAGCCAUGGAUACCUUUUUUGUUUCUAAGUUAAGUAGAAUUAUAGCUAUAAAAUGGUUCUGCAGCGUAACCUAAAAGUGAGAAAAUGAUGGUUACGGUCUGUUCAUCAGAAUUGCCUGGCAUGUUUUGGAAAAGGGGGAAAGCUGCAUUAAUAACUUCAAUGCAAUCUUUUGAAAACUGAGCAUAUUUGUUGCUUUCUGCUUUGUAAAUGCCACAUUUUGCCUUGACCCUGAAAUAAUAUUACCAACGACAUCAUCCCAGCAAGAAAAAGAAGGCAUGGUUGUCUCUCCUAGUUUGGAUAGACUAUGCAAAUUAUAACAAUCAGUCAGGAAGGAUUGUUAAACCAUCCACUUGCUCAGAAUGGCACAAAAGAAGUAUUUAAUAGCAAAACUGACAAGUUGCUUAAGAGAGGACAAAAUUCAGCUAUGGAAACCACCGUAUACAAAUGAAAAAAAAGAAGCUGGUAAAGAGAUGAAGGAGCUUGUACAAAAAUAUUCAUCCAAGCUGAAUAUCAAUGAGAAUGAUGCAGAGAAUAUGCUUGAAGAAAUACGAUGUAAAGCAAUUGAGCGUGGAACAGGAAAUGAAAAUUUUAAAGUGACUGGGAUUGCGAGACUUGAUAUAUAUCUGCCUCGUAGAAAAAGCAGAAAAAUCCCACUGGAAACUAACCUGUUCAUCACAGGCAAGGAGCUCAGAUCACAGAUAGCACAGGAACAUGCAUUAAAAGAAAACGCUAUCAAAAUAAUCAUAAAUAAGAAGCAGCUUGACCUGGGCAAAACCCUUGAAGACCAGGGUGUAACACACAAUGCAAAAGUGAUGGUACUUCAACUGGAACAGAGUGAUGAGGAAACUAAAAGAAAAGUUCAGGAAGAAGAGCUUCAGUGCAAGAAAGAAAAAGAAAUAAAUGACAAGAUGCAAAGAACUAAGAAGGGUUUGGAAAUUCUAGCAGAGAGAGAGGAGUACUUCGAUACAGAUUCUGUUCCAUACCUAGAUAUAGCUAACCAGACUGGACGGUCAAUCAAGAUUCCUCCUCAAGCUAAAAAAGCACUUGUGCUGGCAAUGGGUUAUCAUGAGAAGGGCAGAGCACUAAUGAAGAAGAAAGAAUAUGAAAUAGCAGUGCCGUAUUUGUUGGAUGCUGAUAAACAUUUCUGCGAGUGUAGCACAGAACUGCUGAAUACCGUUGAUAAUUACGCAGUGCUGCAGCUGGAUAUAGUGUGGUGCUACUUCCGCCUGGAGCAGCUGGACUGCCUGGAUGAUGCAGAGAAAAAGCUGUCCACAGCACACAGAUGCUUCCAGAGGUGCUAUGGGGAGAACCACGAAAGACUUAUUGAUAUCAAAGGAAGCUAUGGUCGUGAGAAGGUUUUAUUUCUACGGCUUUACCUCCUUCAAGGGAUAGGACACUAUCACAGUGGCAGAGAAAAGGAGGCUGCUGAGUAUAUUCAGAAGGCAUCUCAUUUAUAUGAAGAGCUGUCCAUAGAUCCUGAUAAAGUCGAUCGCCUGUCACUCCUGGGAUUCUCUGAACAGGAAGCUCGCCUCGCCCUGCGAGCAUGCCAUGGAAAUGUGGAGCAUGCUGCAAAUCUUAUCAGUAACAGGAGAGAGGAAAAGGCGCAGAUAAGGAGGGAGGAGAGAGCUAAAAGAAGGCAGCGACUGGAAGCUAUAAACACCUUGAAAAGUAUGGGCUAUUCACAGAGAGCUGCUCAAGUGGCUCUUCAUAAUACACAAGGAAACCUGGACCAAGCCUUUAAGUUUAUUCUUGACAAUCCAGAGUUAUUGUUGGAAGAUGACGAUGAAGUGGCCAUGGACCAGUUUCAAGUUUCCCAGGAAAGUAUUGAUCAACUGAUGUACAUGGGUUUCAGCCGUGAGUCAGCAGAGCAAGCCUUAAAGGUGUUUAAAGGCAACAUCCACUUAGCUUCCCAAACCCUUGCUCAUUAUGGGGGAGUUCUUCCUGCGUCACUGCAGCUGUCCCCAGAAGGGUCCAGUCCAUCAGAAGAAUCAACUUCAUCAAAAGACUCGCCUACAGAGUCUGCAGGUUCUUCGAGUUCACCAACAGAUGAAGACAUGGAGACUGAUGCAGUCAACGAAAUCCUAGAGGACAUUCCCGAACAUGAAGAGGAUUAUCUGGAUUUAACACUGGAGGAAGAGGAACAGAUCAUUCAUGAAUACUUAUCCUAUAUACAAGUACCACAGCAUUAAAUCCCAUUACAUCCACUUCAGUUAUAUGUAUUUACCCUCACAAAUUGAGUUUGGAUUACAAGCGCACCUUCAGCUUAUCUCUUACUAAAUGCCUUGCAUUCAGUUAAACUAUAGGCGGAACACUUAAUUCCUGCUUAUUUAUAAAUCUGCUAAAAGCCUACAUUUGUGAUACAUUGUAAUUUAUUGUCAUAGCAGAAAAAUAGAAACAUUUAUUUUCAGAAGAAAGUUUAAUAGAACUAAACUAUAUUUUUAUUGUGAAAUAAGUUAAUUCACUUAGUAUUCAAGUAAAGAAGCAUUUCUAUACCAUUUUAAAAUACCAGCUUUAAAAAAAAAAGUUUGUAAAUCAGAAACCCAGCUCAUGAGGUUAUAGAGGUAUUAACUUACAGAGUGUUCUCCUUUUCUUCUGAAAGAUUUCUAAGUCAUUUAUGUAUCUGUUCUGCAUGGGUUUAUACUGUGUUCCGCUUGUCACUCCACGCGGGUGUUACACAGGCAAUAAAGGUAACUGCUGCUGCUGCUGCUGCUGCUUUUAUUAA